AUGGAUGAUGUAAGGGUGAAAGAUUUGGUGUUGUCAUUCUUACCGGGCCUCUCUCACGAAACUCUGACUUCAUUGCUGAAUGGGUUGCAAGAGCUUGGUGUGGAAAACAAGGAAGACCUUGCAUUGGUACAAGAAAGAGAUCUAGAGCAAUACCUUCGACCUAUUCAGUGUCGAAAGUUACUGAAUGGCUUUCAAGGACUUGCAGUAGGUCAACUGGAUCUGGUUCCUGUCACCUCUUCAGCUCACGCCCCCAGCUCCUCGAACACUCCUUGCACCAUACCUGCCACCUCUCCAUGCACUCAAGAACCAGUUUCCUCUCCCUCUUUUCAGCUUGGCAGACCAUGGCAUGCAGACUUCCAGGUCAACUGGGCUAGAAUGCCAGCAGCAAUUCGAAGGGCAAUAGCAAAUAAAACAAGACCAUCACCAGGCGAUAGAAAAGAUAUGGUGAAGGCAGUGGUGGAUCAGAUGUUGGAGCAUGAACCUAACCCAACCAGAGCAAUUUGUCACAGUGUUGUUCGAAGCAUUAUAAGGAGCCAUCCAGAAUGUUUUGCUGAUGUGGCAAAAAAUGGAGACGUCCUUGGAGAUGGUUGUUAUUCUCUUCUGCAGCAAAUUAAAACUAGGGUGGAGUAUAAAAACAGGAACAAUACUCUUGGGAGACGACGCAGGGAGAGAAGGCCACGAAGUGAGGUUCCAGAUGAAGGCAGAGCGAUGCAAAGAGGCCCUGUAGAUCAGUAUGGCUGUGUAAGAUGGGGUCCUUUAGAAAUUCCUCCUGGUGAAACUGAGGCAUCAUUGGAUGGCAUCAAACGUCAGCUCCUUGACAUCUAUUCAAAGGAAGGCAUGAGUGGUGCUGAGAGAGCUGAUCCUCUGAUGGAGAAGACCUAUGUCAUCCAGCGACGCUAUCUUAAUAGUGUGCCUCCACCAACCAUUGCAGUGUUAAAGGAGGAAUGGCCUUUUCUCUUUUCACCAAGAGGUUUUUUUUCACACUUCACUCUCUUGACUGAUAUCCCCAUCCUUACCAAGUUUCGAGAGGCCCUGGAUAGAAAAGGCAACACUAUUAUGAGGUUCUGCCAGGAGGUCAAGUGUCAUCAAAGGGUGAAAAGUGUUUUGACUUGUUUUGAACCCGAGGAUUCAGAGAAGGCAGCGUGCAUUCUUCUCCUUGUGAUGGCAUACUUCAAAGAGCCCAAGGAUGCCAUUGUGCUUGAAGUUGAUACUUGUGCCACAGCCACUGACAUUAAAAGUACUAUCACCCUAACAAGUACUCCUCGCUUGAUUGUCCAAGGUAACACAACAAGGCCAAGGGCAUGGAUGUUGUCUUUGGAUGGUGAAGUAGUUGUGGGACCUCAUCCAGACUUCACAACUGGUCUGUGUGCUAUUUUUGCCAGCUACUACAAUUUAAAUUUACAGUAUGCUGAAGAUGCUGCUUGCACUCUGGAAUUUAUUCAAAGGUGCUUUCUGGGCAUAAAUCCAGAGGCUGGCACAAAGUCAAAGAGGCAUAAAGGGCAAAUAAACCAGCAAGUUUGUACAUUUAUAAGAAAACUCAUUGAUUUCGAAUGGAUGACAGAGUAAGCAGUCAAAACCAACCUAAUACCGGCAUGGUCAAGCUUUUGUUAAGUUAUGUUGUUUGGUUUUUCAGUUAGAUUCUAGCUGAACAUAUUCUUGGUUCAGCCUGUCUUGGUUUCAUAAAGAGUCAUGAUCUGUGUGUCAUAGCUGAAAUAUUUAGAGAAACUGUAUUAAAAUAAAUAAUAUGUCAAACUGUUUCUGCUUGUUUACUUUAAAACAGGUUCUCGGUCUUCUCAGUGUUAUUCUGUAUUGAUGGGCUAUCAGAUAAAAAUCAUAUUUUUAAGUGUAAAUUAAAAGCACAUUAUUGGCUGCUGAGGUAUAGCCGUGAAUUGUCAUGAGUGUGUAAUUGGUUCACUUUACACUGUAAUUCUGCAGCUGGCCAACUGGUGAAUCACAGAUAUUUAAUUUUAAGAUUUUAGCUAAUCUGAUCCUUAUCUGGCACUUACUGUUCAGUUAAAAACCAUCACUUUCACAGCAGCCACUGCAACCUCACAAUAAACGGACAGACAUUUAUUCACGGUUUAGUAUAAUAAUUGUACAACACUGAACUGCUAAAUAACAGUAGUGUGACAGACAGGAACUUUAACUUCACAGUUAAUUAAACUAGUUUCACUGGAGCAUUCUAUGAAAUCACAGUAAUACAAUGGCAUACAUACUGUGAGGGCACAGUACACAACAGUUAAUUUACAACUCUUUACUGCAAACAUGACACAGUGAGUUACUGUGAAAGCAACCAGAAGCCGGUAAUUUACUGUGAAGUCACAUACUGCAGCAUACUGUGAAAGUCAUGCAACCAGAAGCUAGUAAUUUACUGUGAAGUUACAUACUGCAGUAUACUGUGAAAGUCAUGCAACCAGAAGCCAGAAAUACACUGUGAAGUUACGGUCAAACAUUUUACAGUGUGGAUUCUUUUAUGAAUCAAUAUGGCUGUUCCACAAGUUUUAGAGUUGAGAUUGGAAUGGAAUACAUUCCCCACCCAACCUUUUAUAAGUCUUGACUUGAUCUUCAACCAGUAGAUGAGUUUCCUGUAGAAAUGCAACAUCACAUUUUAAGUAUUUUAGGUGAUUAGAUAUUCUGGCACUUUUAACAGGCCCAUUUAAACCUUUUACAUUCCAGCUAAUGAAUCGUAUAGCAGCCCUCUUUGCAUCAGUACCAUCUAUCAUGUUUAACUAUAAAAAAUAAAAAUGAAAAGAAUAGUAAGGAGAAAUAAGUUAGAGCAAUGAUUGUAAUAAAGUACACAGUUAUGUUUGUUUCUUAAGUGAACAAAGGUGAACAUUUGUUGCAAAAAUUUAGUGGUGUCCUUUU